UUGACCUCUCCCAGGCUUUCAGCACCAGCAGCACUCAGCCCCAGCUUCUUUCAAGCUCGGCUGAGCUAGCUGCUUAACAACACGGUGAGCAGAAGGGUAACCAAUUCUCAUACUGAUAAACUUUAGACUAGAUUUAGUUUUCAGGAUGAAGAUGGCGCCCUCAAUCUACCUUUCCAUUGGACUGGCAAUUUUGUACGCUGCCACGGCAGACGCGCAGCUAUCUCAGAGCUUCUACGCAAAGAGCUGUCCCGGUGGUGUGCAAGCUGUUGCCAACGUGGUCAGCGCGGCUGUUCGCAGUGACAGAAGAAAUGCCGCCGGCCUUCUCCGAUUGCAUUUCCACGAUUGUUUUGUCAAUGGAUGCGAUGGAUCAGUGCUUCUGGCUUCAACUCCUGGAAAUAAGGCAGAAAAGGAUGCACCACCAAAUCUUUCACUUCAAGGAUUUGGAAUCAUUGAUCAAGCGAAGGCAGCAUUAGAGAGAACUUGUCCCGGUGUUUUCUCGUGCUCCGAUAUCCUGGCCCUAGCAGCAAGAGAUGCCAUCGCCACUAUUGGAGGUCCAAGCUGGACGGUUCCCCUCGGUCGAAGGGAUGGAACGAUUUCGCGCGCAAGUGCCGCGUCCAGCAAUCUUCCGGGUGACGGGUUCAGCUUCAGGCAGCUUCUUCAGAACUUCAAUAGCAAGGGCCUCAGCCAAUCGGACUUGAUCGUCCUUUCAGGUGCCCACACAAUCGGACUUACCCACUGCAGCAAGGUCACUCCCCGCAUCUAUAACUUUCCCAGAAGCGCGAGUGGUGCCGACCCUUAUCUCAACACCACUUACGUCACAGAGAAGAGAGGAGUGUGUCCCAACUCCGCCAGCAGCGCCAACAAAUUCGUCGCUCUGGAUUCAAGCAAGGGAGGCCAGACCUUUGACAUCAACUACUUCACUAACGUUCUGGACCACAAGGCCAUCUUCAAGUCGGACGAUGCUCUCAUCUCCACAAGCAGCGGUUUGAAGCAAGUGCUGGAUCUUGUUCGAUCCCCGAGCUCGAAGUUUUUCAGCCAAUUCGGUCUGGCUAUGCAGAAGAUGGGAAGGAUUCAGGUUCUGACCGGAUCCCAGGGAGAGAUCCGCAAAGUCUGCUCCAAGAAGAACUAGAGCAUAAGCUGAAAAUUGUUUCUUUAAGUUGUUAAAGUGUUUUAGUGGACCCAGACUACACUCUUCUUAAGCAAAGCACUUCCCAAUGUAAGUGCUUAAGUGUAUCACGUCCCAGUUCUCUUGAGGCACCUGGGCAUUGAGGACCUCGUGCUUCAGGACUUCAUGGACGGGAGCGAGCUCCAAGCUCGCCAUUUCGGCGAAGUUUUUUUAACCAACAGGGUGAGCUUUAAUAGUGAACCUGAAUUCAAAGUAGUGAUAAGGAAGAAGUAUGUUCGCAGUCUGAGAGAGUUCAAAAUUAGCUAGGAUAUCGUAUGAGUUCUCUAGAGUUGUUAGAUAGAGGAAAAAGUGAACAAAUGGAUUAGUCCUAUCCAAUUUUUUUGAAGACCUUGGGAAGAUAGUCUGCUGUACUAAUAAUGUAUCAGUUGGACAUUUUCACAGGCAGCAUUCUUUGCUUCAUUGCGUUUUGAGAUCGAAGCCCACCAUGAAGCUCGUUCAUUCAAGCUUUUAUGAAAAUUAUAAACUGAACUACAGCAUUUCGGAAUGGAACUAGUAGCUGCA